GUAGAUAGAUAUCGUAUUUACAGCUGAAACUUAAAAUUGAUUAGCCAUUCUUGAAGUUGAUGAAGGUGUCUUUAAUUUGAUAUUUUUCGUGUCACUAAUAGUGAAGCUUGUACAGUACAGGCAAAGAGGUUCUCUUCACUCUUAUGAGUCCUAAUAGUGGGGUUCCUAACAAACUAAAUCUUUAUGGAUUUUGGUGAGCAAUAAGCCUUACUUUUUGUGAAGGAAUGGAGAAUUCACACGAGAACGGGAAUGGAGUAGUGGCUGAAAAUGGCCACAUCCUCAUGAAGCACUCUCCUUAUCAGCCAGGAUUUAAGCUAUCUUUACAAUGGUUAGAUCUGAGAGUGUUUUAUGUUAGAAUUAGCAAAUGUGAGCUUCAUGAUUUAACCGCGGAGUACCUUACAAUGAAUCAUGUUCCACUGAAUCGUGAUACCUUAUUGGAAGUAAAUGGUGCGCGGACUGGAAUUUAUUCUGAUGGUGUGUCCACGGUACUUAGAAGAGAUAGGUAUGAUAAGAAAUCCGAGGAAGUUACUUUUGUUAGUACGGAUAAUAUAAGUAUGACAGGAAGUGUGAAAUUCGAGGUUUUCGAUAGGGAUGUUGUUGUGUUGUAUGGCUCAUUAGAACUAUGUGAUAGCAAUGGGUUUAUUAAUGAAUCGGAAAAUCAUGGACAAUCUUGGAGCAUCAAUUGUGAGACAGAUGUGCUUGCUGGUUCUAGCUCUAGUAGCUUUCUCAAAGGAAACCAACACCUCGGGACGGAUUUGGUUUCUCCUGUAAUUGAAGUUUAUGUGGCUGGUUGUUUCUCAGGGAAACCAAUUAUACUGACAAGGACCCUGGAACUCGGCCACCGGAAGAGGCAACUAAGGCAGGGAAUGCUGGAAUCUAUACCGGAAUAUGAGGCAACCGAAAGCCAGUACCAUGUUUCCUCUUCACAUGCAAUGCAGGUUACAGAGCAUGCAAAACCCAAGCAGGAGCGUGAUGAAUACAACAACCUUUACUCUAGGACGGAAUAUAUAGAAGGUGAAGAUGGGGAACUAUCCUGGUUCAAUGCUGGUGUAAGAGUUGGUGUUGGAAUUGGCCUCAGUAUGUGUGUUGGAAUCGGUAUAGGAGUCGGGCUUCUUGUUCGCACCUACCAAGGAACCACAAACUUCAGAAGGCGUCUAUUAUGAAUCUUCAGACUGUUUGACUGCUAUGACUCUAAUGUCAUCUAUCCCAAGUAACCUGCUAACUCGAUGAUUUUGACUAACAACUUUCGCUCAAACUUAAGCUCUGAUAGGAUCCUCUUGAAAGCAGAAAUGCCAUGCCCUUUUUCCGUUUCUUCCUGAGCUGAUCUUUUAUAAAUAACUCGCAGCAGUAACAUCUGGACAUCGAAUAAAACUUGAAUCUUGUGCACUUGAGCUACAUUAUAGGCAUACACCUUGUUGCAAACUAUGGAUACUCGUUAAAACCGUCUUCUCUGAAUCAUAUUUCUCAUAGGUUUUCUUUCUUUUUUGUGUCAGUGAUUCUUAGGUCUGCUGAUGGCAUUGUAACAUGGUCAAAUGUAAUGGUGAACGUUUCGUCUGUUCAAAGGUUUUAAGCUAGUUCAUGUUCAUGCGAA